UUCUGGCAGCGCGUCACGUGUGGCAGCUUUAAAGUGGUGCCAGGAUACUAAUGGUCCGAUCCGAGGCCCCGGGCGGGUGAAUGAGGGGCCAACUGGAGCCAGAUCCCAAGGGUCCUUGUACGGUACAACAUGAGAACCAACAAAGUGUACAAGCUUGUCAUCCACAAGAAAGGCUUCGGGGGCAGCGAAGAUGAACUGGUUAUCAAUUCAAAGGUUUUCCCUUCAAUUAAGCUUGGGGACAUAGUAGAGAUUGCUCAUCCCAAUGAUGAGUACAGUCCUCUUCUUUUGCAGGUGAAAUCUUUGAAAGAAGAUUUACAGAAAGAGACUGUCAGCAUUGACCAGACUGUUGCUCAGGUUUUUCGACUUCGUCCAUAUCAGGAUGUAUACGUCAACGUUGUUGACCCAAAAGAUGUGACACUUGACCUUGUAGAACUGACCUUUAAGGACCAGUAUAUAGGGCGUGGGGAUAUGUGGAGACUGAAGAAAAGUUUGGUCAGUUCCUGUGCUUAUAUAACUCAGAAAGUGGAGUAUGCUGGAAUUCGAGCGCAAGCAGGAGAACUAUGGGUGAAGAGCGAGAAAGUGACCUGUGGGUACAUCAGUGAGGACACACGAGUAGUGUUUCGAUCUACCUCUGCCAUGGUGUAUAUAUUCAUACAGAUGAGUUGUGAGAUGUGGGAUUUCGAUAUUUAUGGUGACCUGUACUUUGAAAAGGCUGUGAAUGGAUUCCUAGCUGAUCUCUUCAACAAGUGGAAGGAGAAGAACUGCAGCCAUGAGAUUACAGUCGUACUCUUCUCCAGAACAUAUUAUGAUGCUAAAUCUCUAGACGAUUUCCCAGAAGCUCAGCGCAGUAACUCCAUCACAGAGGAUCACAAGGGCCAAUUCUAUGAAGAUUUCUACAAGGUGGUUGUGCAGAAUGAAAGGCGUGAGGAAUGGACAUCCCUGCUUGUUACUAUUAAGAAGCUUUUUAUUCAAUACCCAACUCUGGUUCGCCUGAAGCAUGCAGAAGGCUUUCCCCGAGGACAGAACUCUACCUCCGAUCAAGGGAAUUAUCUAGAAGCCAUCAACCUGUCCUUUAAUGUGUUUGACAAGCAUUACAUAAACCGCAACUUUGAUCGCACUGGGCAGAUGUCUGUAGUGAUUACUCCAGGAGUUGGCGUAUUCCAAGUUGACCGUUCUCUGAUGAUCCUCACAAAGCAGCGCAUGAUUGACAAUGGUAUUGGUGUGGAUCUGGUGUGCAUGGGGGAGCAGCCUCUACAUGCGGUGCCACUAUUUAAGCUGCAUAAUCGCUCCAAUUCUGCCGAUUCACGCCUCGGAGAUGAUUAUAACAUCCCUCACUGGAUCAAUCACAGUUUCUAUACAUCCCAGAGCCAGCCACUGAAGAAUACCUUUACUCCACGUAUCAAACUCGCUGCUCGAAAGGUGGUCACUGAGAAAGGCAGACUUGGAAAAGAUAAUUCCCUAGGAAGCCCAAAAGAAGCUGAGAAUGCCCUCCCCAUACAAGUUGACUACGAUGCUUAUGAUGCACAAGUUUUCCGCCUUCCUGGUCCUUCUAGAACGCAACGCAGCACAAACUUUAGGCCAGUGCGUGAGACUCAGACUCGGAAGAGUUCAUGCUCAUAUGAUGCUUCCUGCAGCCCAUCUACACAGGGCCGACCAUUCCCACCAGAGGAAGGACGAAGCCAAACAUCAGAUGAAAGCUCCUUGGGAAAAAUUUCCAACAUCCUUCUGAUACCAAGGCAGCAUCUCCAUCAUUACGAAGCUAGCAGCUCUUUGGGUUAUACUAGUACUAGAGAUUUUUUGGAACGAAUGAUUGAAUCCCAGCAGAGAGACUCCAGCGCCCCUGGCAGGUUCCAUGUGGGCAGUGCAGAGUCAAUGUUGCAUAUCCGUCCAGGUGGAUACCAUCCUCAGAGAGCCCUCAUCAAUCCUUUUGCACCCUCACGCAUGCCAAUGAAGCUCACAUCAAACCGGCGGAGAUGGAUGCACACGUUCCCUGUGGGCCCAUCUGGUGAAGCUAUACAGAUACACCAUCAGACGCGGCAGAAUAUGGCUGAGCUGCAGGGGAGCAAGCUCCAAGAGACAGCUCGUUCUUCGGCAGAACUUCUAGAGCUAGCUUAUCAUGAAGCCACAGGAAGACAUGGUCCUCGCACACCUGGUGAUAGUGGCUCUUCUGGAAGCGCAGAAGAAUUUUCUAUCGGCUCAUCUUUCAACAAUCAGAAAGGCCACAGUGCAGCAUCUUACCAUGGAGAGAAAGGAUCUUCAGAUGACAACCUACCAUGCUGCCCAGAACCCAGUUUGAUGCUGUCUGCUCCCCCCGUAGUGCCUGGCUUCUGCUGCACGGUUGGGGUGGACUGGAAGUCUCUCACCACCCCAGCCUGCCUACCACUCACAACAGACUACUUCCCGGAUAGGCAGAGCCUGCAGAAUGAUUACACCGAGGGCUGCUACGAUCUGCUGCCAGAGGCUGACUUAGACAGGCGUGAUGAUGAGGGAACACUUCACCCAAUGACAGCUCAGCAGGUUUUUGAAGAGUUUAUUUGCCAGCGUCUCAUGCAGGGAUAUCAAGUUAUUGUUCAGUCGAAACACACAAAGACAAGCUCUACUUCACAACCUCCCUUAAGCAGCAGCCCCCUCUACAGGAGAGGCUUGGUGUACCGAAAUCGCCAUGAAGAGGAAAACCAGUAUUGGCUGAGCAUGGGACGAACUUUCCACAAAGUAACCUGCAAGGACAAGAUUAUUACAGUCACUAGAUACCUACCAAAGUACCCGUAUGAAUCUGCCCAGAUAAGUUACAAUUACAACUUGUGCCCGUCACACUCUUCCUGUGACUUUGUGUGCAGCUGGGUGGAAUUUUCCCAUGAACGGCUGGAAGAUUACAAGUGGAACUAUCUAGAUCAAUACAUUUGUUCUGCUGGCUCAGAAGAUUUUAGUCUGAUUGAAUCCCUGAAGUUCUGGCGCACACGUUUCCUUCUACUGCCAUCCUGUGUAGGGCCCACUAAACGAAUUACUGAAGGAGAGCAAAGAUGUGAUCUUUAUGGAGUUUGUCCACGGUCUGAACAAGAAGAGGGGCAGCUUCUGGAUGGGUUCCUUCGAUUUGUGGAGGGGUUAAAUCGUAUCCGCCGGCGUCACCGAUCUGACCGUAUGAUCAGGAAAGGAGCUGGUAUGAAGGGGUUACAGCUGCCCCCCCCUCAUCCAACGGAACUACCUGCACCUCCUAUUGGAAAGAAAGGAACCUCGGCCCUUUCAGCUCUGCUAGAGAUGGAAGCUAAUCAGAAGGGUCUAGGAGAACAACCAACUCUGGCUCAUUCGGGCAAGGUGUGCUCUCAGGCAGUGGACUCGGUUGUUACUCCCACCUAUGUCGAUAGCCCUCGUAAGGAUUCUGCCUUCUUUGUGGAGUCUGUUCGUAGCCCUCGCACAGUGCCCUCCCAUAAUCCACAGAUAUCUAUUGACCAAGGAGUUUCCCCUUUCGCUGAUGGAAACAACACUUUGCCAAACAAUGGCCUACCUGAAAGAGCACAGAGCCAACUAGGGAAUACUGGAGAGCAGAACUCGGUAUUAGCUGAGCCCAGCGUGCAGCAAGUAUCUGGUGGACCAAGCACUCUGACCUCCAGUGCCAGCCUGAGUGAGAUUCUGGAAGCGAUGAAACACCCAACCACAGGUAUUCCCUUCCUGUCUGAGCAGAAGGGGCUGCCUUCUAGCUGCUUUAUAAGUGCAGAGGUGGUUCAUUGGCUGAUGAACAAUAUUCCCUGGGUGCAGAGUCAGCCGAUUGCCAUGGACAUCAUGCAGAAAAUGCUGGAUGACCAGUACAUCACACAUGCUUCAGGUGAAGCCCUUAGGACAUUCAUCUAUGGAUUUUAUUUAUAUAGAAUACCACCUGAAAGGGACCCUGAACGUGCAGCAACAAGCCUGGCACAACCAAGCCCCUGGCACUCCAUUGCCAUGGAGGAUUUUACAGCAUUCCAGCGGAAGUGGCUUGAAGUAGCGCUAGUGGAAGAGGAGCUCCUACAUUCAGAGAUACCGCCAUUCCUUCUGCCAUGGUUGCCCAGUCGCCCAGCCUCUUAUGCAAGUAGGCACAGCUCCUUUAGCCGCAGCUUCGGAGGAAGGAGCCAGGCUGCUGCGCUGCUAGCUGCCACUGUCCCAGAACAAAGAACAGUCACCCUAGAUGUGGAUUUUAAUAACCGUACUGACCGCUUGGAGUGGUGCAGCUGCUACUACCAUGGCAACUUCUCUCUGACCUCUGCCUUCGAGGUUAAACUACACUGGAUGGCAGCUACUGCUGCUGUAUUAUUUGAAAUGGUUCAAGGCUGGCACAGGAAGGCCACGUCUUGUGGUUUUCUGCUUGUGCCUGUAUUGGAAGGUCCCUUCGCUCUCCCAAGCUAUCUGUAUGGAGACCCUUUACGUGCACAACUUUUCAUCCCCCUCAACAUAAGUUGUAUGAUAAAGCCUGACAGCGACCAUCUUUUUGAAGGAUUUGAACCCGAGACUUAUUGGGAACGAAUGCACUUGUUACAGGAAGCCAUUGCCUACCGGUUUGGCUUCAUUCAGGAUAAAUAUUCUGCAUCUGCCUUCAACUUCUCAUCAGAGAAUAAACCCCAGUAUAUCCAUGUGACAGGUACCGUCUUUUUACAGCUCCCUUAUUCGAAGCGUAAAUAUACCUCAGGACAACAGAGGCGCAGAAGAAAUUCCACCAGUUCAUCUACUCAAAGCUUGUUUGGGGAUGACCGUAUUGGUUAUAACUGGGCCUACAAUACUAUGCUGACCAAAACAUGGCGCUCUAGCAGUACAGGUGAUGAGCGAUUUGCUGAUCGUCUGCUCAAAGACUUAACUGACUUCUGUGCCAACCGCGAUAACAGGCUGAGCGCUUUCUGGGCCAGCUGUGUAGAUAAGAUGAACAUGAGUGAACCAUAGGUAUGACAAUAACUUUAUGAUGCUGAACGUUCUUUUUGUGGAUCAUCUGUGGUGUGUGCUCUAAUAUUAAGUGUUCAUGGUGUACACCCGCUGAGGAUUUACAAAUGUGCCUUUUAUUGUGGACACUUGCUGCUAUCCCGCACCCUAUAUGUAUCACUGAAUGUGUUCCGUUUACCUGACCCUGGAAGUGGACAAUUUGCACUGACUAGACAUGCAUUUGUUACCAAGCUCUUAAUACCCUGCUGGGUUGAUACUGUGAAGAGUUGACUGAUGGAAAGCAAUAAAAAAGAUAUUAAAGAUUAUAA